AAGGUGACGAAACUAGUGUUAACCGUGAUCACGGUGUACGUGUGUUGCUGGCUGCCCUACUGGAUCACUCAGAUGUCGCUGAUCUUCACAGAACCCAACAAGUGCCAAUCACGCUUCGUUGUCACCGUCUUCCUGCUCACUGGCAUCCUCUGCUACUCAAACUCCGCCAUGAAUCCCAUCCUCUACGCAUUCCUGUCGGAUAACUUCAAGAAGAGCUUCCUCAAGGCGUGCACUUGUGCUGCUGGCAAAGAUGUAAAUGCAACCCUGCACAUGGAGAACAGCGUGUUCCCGCGUCGUGGCCACCACAACCGCGCCUCCGAGCGGGGUGGCAACGCCAGGGGCGGCAGAGGUGGAGGUGGCGGAGGCGGCAACACCUCCACAGCUGCCAUUAUGUGUGGCGGUCCCGCCGCGGGCGCCAUUUCCGGCAGUGAUGACCACGAGGUCAAUGACCGCGGACCGCUGGUAGGGGCAGCAGCUCCAGUCGCAGUGUUGCCAACACCACCACAACUAGUGGCACCACUGAUUUGGUGUCGGUUGCCUCAACAGCUGAUCACCACAAGGACACGCUCAAAAAUGGGGUCAAGGUUUCCAUUACUGUUGAACUUUAAUCUGAUUAGUCAAUGAUAGAACUCUAGUUCAUACUUUCUCUGAUGGACAUGUUAAAUGUCGAUCCCAGCUGCCUGAAAAGAGUCAUUGCAUGAUGUAAUACUUUAAUCUGUACGCGUGAUAGAAUACUGUCAAAAUUAUUGCUCAUGCAUUUCACAGAUUCGUGUAAAAUAUCAAGUUUCAGAUUGACAUGUCAAGUAUCUGGCUCAGCUGCUCAAACACAGUUUUUGAGCCAUAUCAGAUGUUAAUCUGUGUUUCGGAUGGACAUGUUAAGACUUCAGUCCAGGUUGCCAAGAAACAGUCGUUGGGCUACUCAAUACUCAUGUCAGAAGCCCUGAAAUUACAAAUCAGGUACGACCUGAAAACUCUCACACACCAGACCUUAGCCAGCCAGGUCAUAUGAUUGUUUCAUUCAAUAAUUAACUUAUCCAUCUAUAAUUUAAUGAUUCUUUAUAAUGUGAGGUGAGAGUUUCAAAUCGACGAAUGAAAAUCCCUGAGAUAGAAAAUGAUAAACAAUAGAAAGAUUGUAUUAUAAAAUAAGAUUGUGAAGAAAUGGGUAUAGGUCUCCAUUACUUUCAAACUACAAGUAUGAUAAUCACUUUAUCUGAUUAUGAUAUUUCAUAUUAUAUUCAAAUGUGAUAUAUGGUUAUUCAUACUUCAAAACGAUCUAAUGACCUCCUUACUAACACUUUAUUUGACUUUUAUUUUAAGAACACAAGUCUGAGACACGUGUCUGUUUCAAGAACGUUAGUAACCUUCUUGUGUGAAAAUCUUGUGUCAUGUUCUGAACCUACUAUUGUGAUGUAUUGUUAUACCAAAAGUG